UGUCAUUGUGAUCUUUAAUGUCCUGUUUCACACACACCGUUACACACAGUAAAUAUGCAAGAAGGAGCCUUCAGCUCCGCAGACGUGGUCUCAGAUGGAGGGCAUGUUGCAGUGUGGGGCUGGGCCGGUGUAUUUCAGGAGCUCGCAGGCCUAUUGGUCUGACUGGGAAUCCAUUUCCAUAAAGAGGAUGUGAGCAUUUUGCUGAGGCAUCGCCAGCCACCAUAUAUACGUAUUUCAUUUUUCUCUGUCUGUGGCUUUGGCAGUGUCUCCUUUUCUUCCACCAAGUGUGUCUUGUCCUCCUUCUUCCUCCUUGUCAGUAGGUUCUGAACCACAAAACCCAUCAAGAUGUCUGAGAAAAAGAUGACAUCCAGCCGCAGGCAUCACCUGAAGAGCCUGGUCCUGCAGAUCGCUCAGAGCUGGCUCGAGCAGGAGAAGAAGGACAUCGAAGCUGCCAAGGAGGCUUACAUGUCCGAGCACUGUCCUGCUCCGGAGCUGAACGGAGAUCAGGCUGCUCUCAUGGAAGUCUGCAAGAAGCUCCAUACUAUCCUCGACAAGAUUGAUGAGGAUAGGUAUGAUGCUGAGGCCAAAGUUCAGAAGGCUGACAAAGAGAUUGAAGACCUGAAGAUCAAAGUUGUGGACUUGAUCGGCGUGAAGAAGCCCGCCCUGAAGAAGGUGCGCAUGUCCGCUGACACCAUGCUGCAGGCCCUGCUGGGCUCCAAACACAAGGUGACUAUGGAUCUGAGGUCCAACCUGAAGCAGGUCAAGAAGGAGGUGAAAGAGGAGUCAACAGAAGCAGUGGGUGACUGGCGUAAGAACAUCGAGGAUAAGGCUGACAGGAAGAAGAUGUUCGAGUCCUCCUAAAUGUUGCUGCUGUUUGUCUUUCUGUUUACAUGAACUCCUCGUAUCUUAUAUGUGUUGGUGACUGAUGUAUGUCUCACAGAGCUGAAAGUUAACAGGUCAUCCCGCAGGAAACGUGUUCAAAGGUUUUUAUUUCUUUUCAGUUUUUCUGUCUUUUUUUUUCCUUUUCCUUUGGGUUGCACUUUGUGGACGUUUGGAGGGAGGGAGGAGGAGGAGUGUGGAGUUUCUGCAGGUUCACACACAAACAUCAAGUCUUCAACUCCACAGUAAAGGAAACAUUCACACAACAACACAAUAAACAUCAAUU